AAUCAGAGUGUGUAAAUGAAUGUUUAGGAAGAAAGAAAGAAAAAGUGAAAGGCAAGAGAAUCACGCAAAGGGAAGCUUUUGAUACUGAAACAAGAGGACCCACGUUGAAGACCACAGUGAGCCACACAAGCCUCUCUUCCUCCACCGUGUCCUCCUCUCUCCCUCUUCUUCUUCUCCUCCUUCUCCCACAUCAUUUCCUCAUUCUCAAUUUCACUUCUCUUUCCUCGUCCUCUCUCUCUCUGACGCCAACAAUGGCGAGACUUACCUUGAGACCGCACAAUCACUUCUUCUCCUCCUCUCCUAUCCACGCACAUAACCAACCUUUCCUCUCCCUCUACACCAUCUCCCCACUCCACCACCACAAGCUUCUCAAAUCAAGGGUUAAGUGCUCCGCCAGUGGUACUGAACGAGUCAGAGAGAGUAAGAAGCUUCCUCCUAAGAAUCCUAUCGAAGACCCUACACCCCAGCUUCCGGUUCCGAGUUCCGAUUCCCAAGUACUGGUUACGGAAACGGAAACGGGUUCUGAACAGAAUUGGCCUCCAUGGAAAAAUAUACCUCAGAGAUAUAAGCUUAUCGGUGCUACCUCUCUCGCCUUUGUUAUCUGCAAUAUGGACAAGGUGAACUUGAGUAUUGCUAUAAUACCAAUGUCACACCAGUUUGGAUGGAGCUCAUCUGUGGCCGGCCUGGUCCAGUCAUCCUUCUUUUGGGGUUAUGCCUUGAGCCAGUUGCCUGGAGGCUGGCUUUCCAAGAUUUUUGGCGGCAGAAAAGUGCUUGAGAUUGGUGUAUUUACAUGGUCCUUUGCUACAGCUCUGGUUCCACUACUUGCUGGAUUCAUGCCUGGUUUAAUAUUUUCUCGAAUUUUGGUGGGAAUAGGAGAAGGUGUUUCUCCAUCAGCUGCAACGGACCUUAUUGCCAGGACGAUACCUGUUAAGGAGCGCUCACGGGCGGUAGGCUUUGUCUUUGGAGGACUGAGUUUGGGAAGUGUUUUGGGGCUUCUCUUGGCUCCUCCCAUUAUCCAAACCUUUAAUUGGGAAUCUGUCUUUUACUUGUUUGGUCUCCUUGGAGUUGGCUGGUUUGUCGGGUUUCAGUUUCUUAAUAAAGAAGAAGUUUCAUAUGAAGGUAAUGAGAUCUCUACUUCGCAUAAAUCAGAAAAAGCUACACAGGAAGAGCUGGGGAACUCAUUGAAGGAGAUUCCAUGGAAGUCGUUUUUCCAAAGCUCAGCUGUUUGGGCGAUGAUAUACACUCACUUUUGUGGAAGUUGGGGUCACUAUACCUGUUUAUCUUGGCUACCAACUUAUUUCAGUGAGGCGCUGAGUCUAAAUUUGACAGAAGCUGCUUGGGUUUCCAUCCUUCCUCCACUAGCUUCAAUUGUCGUGACAAGUCUUGCUUCACAAUUUGCUGACUACUUAAUUACAAAUGGAGUUGAGACUACCACGGUGCGAAAGAUUUGUCAAACGAUUGCGUUUGUGUCACCAGCGAUCUGCAUGACGCUUUCAUCUGUGGACAUUGGAUUGCCACCAUGGGAAAUUGUAGGAAUCUUGACAGCAGGCUUGGCCCUAUCAAGUUUUGCUUUAUCAGGACUUUAUUGUACUCAUCAGGACAUCUCACCGGAAUAUGCAAGCAUACUUCUGGGCAUUACCAACACAGUUGGGGCAGUACCCGGAAUUAUAGGAGUUGCCUUAACUGGUUUUCUCCUCGACUCUACCCAUUCAUGGACUAUGUCUCUAUUCGUGCCAUCAAUAUUCUUCUACUUGACGGGGACUGUAGUAUGGUUGGCAUUCGCCAGCAGUGAGCCUCAGACGUUUACUAAGGAAGACUCAUAGGUUUUGUUUUGUUAGCAUGGAGACUUUGAUUACUGUAUAGGUAAAAGGAAUGGUAAAUUUUGUGGUGGUUGUGAAAGCAAAAACGAAAGAGCAGUGGUAAUUUUGUUCACUGCCUUAUCCUGAUUUUUGCAUAGUUGCAAAUGAAACUCGAGUGUUAAUGGUAAAGCGUGCGUCUUUGAUACCUUC